AAGUUAAAGAAGAAGAAGAAGACGAAGAAGAGGAUUUCUUAAUCGUUGUUCUUGUCAUUUAACUACAUGUGCAAACUCUGCAAGCAGUUAGCUAAUACAUGGUAUGCGUUUGUGAGUACGAACAAUACAAACUCAAAACAAAAAUAAGUAGUUGUGUGCUUAAACAAACAUUCUAGCUUAGCAACCAGUCGCGUUUCUCUCAUGUUUACGGGCUAAAUAUCAGCUUAAUGGCAGACAGUUGGAACACGGAUACCGGUGAAGCCGUGUAUAGGUCCCGAGAUGCCGUCAAGAACUUGAGAAUACGAGUGCGUCUAGAGAGGGUGACCUCCACAUCAGCCCUCUCUAAGCACCUGCAGCAACAAGUUCUGUCCCAGCAAGACAGAGGAGCCAUUGAACUGGAAACCCUCACCUCACAAGGCCAGACAGGUGAUAAUGAGGAGGAGUUGGUGAUGGGCUGGCAGGAGAAACUCUUCAGUCAGUAUGAGAUGGAGCUGUUCCAGAACGAGGCAGCUUGUCAGACCCCUCUGGACCGCCAGUACCACACAGAAGUCAAGGCCCUGAACAAGGCCAAGGGCCGACGUAAUCACAGGAUUUUCACAUACACUGAUCAUGACCGCUACACCAGCUGUCUUCCUCUCCAGCAACUGCAGCACUCCACUGACUUAUUGACCACAACCGAAGCCAGCCCCACAUUCCUGGCUGAAAGGAUGGCCAGCGUGAGACACAGACGGCAGGACAGACGCACCAUGGAUUGUAGUGUCCCCAAGUCAAAGAUCGUCAACUGGGAGCCCACAGCGGAGUUCGUGAAGAGCAGUCAUGUGGUGAAUAAUGCCAUGCAGACCAUGCACAUCAUGGGAGACCUGGCCCCCCCUGGAAGGCUGGGCCAGAAAGAGAAUGAAUAUUUGCUGGUAACCAUAAAAACAGAUGGCAGUGGAACAGUCAUUGUCAAACCUGACUUCAACAAAGGCAAAGAGCCUUACAGGAUAGUAACAACGGGGGAGAAGAGAGACGUUUGGCGCCUCACUGUUGAGAAUGUGUGCACCACCAUGCAACCAGAGGAAAAGGAGAGGGAGCAGAACAUGUACAAAGACCUGUACGUACGGCACAAGGAGUACCUCAAUAGCCUUGUUGGACAAGACUUUGAAAUGCCUCCUAUAGGUAUUCUGCGUUACAUGAUGAAUGGAGAGAUAGUCUCAGCCAAGGGCUUUGAAUAUGAUAACUUGUACAUCCACUUCUUCAUGGAACUGCCGAACAAUUGGUCCAGCUUGCCAUUUCAGUCUCUCUCGGGGGUAACGCAGACAUGCCGGACCAAAACAUUGGGGAAGGAAAGCGUAGCUUUCUUCAGUUACCCCUUCAGCUUUGAGGCUUUCUACAUGAGUGAAAAGGAGAGUGAGGAGUCAAUUCCCCAGUGGCCGGUGAUCUACUUCAAGGUUCUUUCUCUGGACUCCUGGCAGCGCUUUCGAACUGAAGGCUAUGGCUAUCUGCUUUUUCCUGCCAUGCCUGGUAUGCUGUGCACACUGCAACGUUUUUAGGUUAAAAUUGGAGCAGCAGCAAAUAGCUCUUUUCAUUGUUCAUUAAUCUGCUGAUUAGUUGUCUCAUUUAUUUAUUUUAUCUCAGGAAAUAGAUAAAACGACAACGAAAUGCCAACAUCUCUGACAUUUAAGGAGCCUGAAGGAACAAAUGUUUGACAUUUUCGAUUGAAAAAUUAUUGAAAUGAUCAAUUGAUUACCAAAAUAUUUGCUUUUGUUCCAGCUCUAAUUACAAAGGACACUUUUACAUUUUGAAGUGUAAAAGGUAUCUGUUGGGUUUAGAAAUUGAAAUC